AUGCAGGCGAGAGAAUGCGCGACGCGCCGAAGUGGGUUUGGGUUAUCCACGGGCGCGCGCGGGCGACGCGCGGUGACGCGAGCGGUGCGCGCGCCCGAGCUGAACACGACGCGAUCGAAUGAAAUCUUCACGGCGGCGCAAGAUAUCCUCCCGGGGGGGGUGAACUCGCCGGUGCGGGCGUUUAAGAGCGUCGGGGGGGGGCCGAUCGUGUUCGAGCGCGUCAAGGAUGCGUACGCGUUCGACGUCGACGGGAACAAGUACGUGGAUUACGUUGGAUCUUGGGGUCCGGCGAUCUGUGGACACGCGAAUGAACGCGUGAACGCUAAACUCAAGGCGCAGAUCGAUAAGGGGACGUCCUUUGGGGCGCCGUGCGAGUUGGAAAACAUCUUGGGGCAAAUGGUGAUCGAUCGCGUGCCGAGCGUGGAGAUGGUGCGAUUCUGUAACUCGGGCACCGAGGCGUGCCUGUCGGCGCUUCGCGUGAUGCGCGCGUACACGGGUCGGGAUAAGAUCAUCAAGUUUGAGGGAUGCUACCACGGACACGCCGACCCCUUCUUGGUCAAGGCGGGUUCGGGCGUCAUCACGCUCGGGUUGCCGGAUUCUCCGGGUGUCCCGGCCGCCGCGACGGCGACCACGCUGUGCGCGACGUACAACAACCUCGAAGAGGUCAAGGCGCUGUUCGAGGCGAACAAGGGUGAGAUUGCCGGCGUGAUUCUUGAACCCGUGGUCGGUAACUCGGGCUUCAUCGUUCCGGAUAAGGAAUUCUUGCAAGGCUUGAGAGACGUGUGCACCGCGGAAGGCGCCGUGUUGUGCUUCGACGAGGUCAUGACUGGUUUCCGCAUCGCCAAGGGGUGCGCCCAAGAGCACUGGGGCGUCACGCCAGAUUUGACCACCAUGGGUAAGGUCAUCGGCGGCGGCAUGCCCGUCGGCGCGUACGGGGGCAAGCGAGAGAUCAUGGACGUCGUCGCCCCGGCCGGUCCGAUGUACCAAGCGGGCACGUUGUCCGGUAACCCGCUCGCCAUGGUGGCCGGGAUCGAAACUCUGAGCAUCUUGGGUGAGCCGGGUCAGUACGAAAAGUUGGACAAGAUUACCAAGCGCUUGAUCGAGGGCAUCUUGAAGGCGGGUAGGGACAACGGCCACGCGGUGUGCGGCGGUCACAUCAGCGGCAUGUUUGGUUUCUUCUUCACCGAAGGUCCGGUUAAGAACUUCACGGACGCGGCGAAGAGUGACACGGCCAAGUUCGGCCGCUGGCACCGCGCCAUGCUCGAGGAGGGCGUGUACCUCGCGCCGAGCCAAUUCGAAGCCGGCUUUACGUCCUUGGCGCACACCGAGGAAGACAUCGACGCCACGAUCGCCGCCGCCCAGCGCGCCAUGGCUCGCAUUUAA